AUGGCGUCUGCAGCAGCAGCAGAGGCUGAGAAGGGAUCUCCAGUUGUGGUGGGCCUGCUAGUUGUGGGCAACAUCAUUAUUCUGCUGUCAGGCCUGGCCCUGUUUGCCGAGACCGUAUGGGUGACAGCCGACCAGUACCACAUAUACCCACUGAUGGGAGUCUCAGGCAAGGAUGACGUCUUCGCUGGCGCCUGGAUCGCCAUCUUCUGCGGCUUCUCCUUCUUUGUGGUAGCCAGUUUUGGUGUGGGCGCCGCGCUCUGCUGCCGCCGGUCCAUGGUCCUCACGUACCUGGUGCUUAUGCUCAUCGUCUACAUCUUCGAGUGCGCUUCCUGCAUCACGUCCUACACCCACCGUGACUACAUGGUGUCCAGCCCAUCCCUGAUCACCAAGCAGAUGUUGACCUUCUACAGCGCUGACACCCACCAGGGCCAGGAGCUGACCCGCCUCUGGGACCGCGUCAUGAUUGAGCAAGAGUGCUGUGGCACAUCUGGUCCCAUGGACUGGGUGAACUUCACGUCAGCCUUCCGGGAGGCCACUCCGGAGGUGGUGUUCCCCUGGCCCCCACUGUGCUGUCGCCGGACGGGAAACUUCAUCCCCCUCAACAAGGAGGGCUGCCGCCUGGGGCACAUGGACUACGUGUUCACCAAGGGCUGCUUUGAGCACAUCGGCCAUGCCAUCGACAGCUACACGUGGGGCAUCUCGUGGUUUGGGUUUGCCAUCCUGAUGUGGACGCUCCCAGUCAUGCUGAUCGCCAUGUAUUUCUACACCACACUCUGA